AUGGAUAUCACCUUUAAUAAUAAUAUAAAUACCUGUGAUGAAAUGAGCUAUGAUGAAUAUCAUAACGAAAAUUUAUUACAUUUACAUAGAAAACCUAAAAUUGGCAAAAGUGUAAUUUUAAAAAAAAUAGAAAGUAAAUAUGAAGAAAAAAAAUGUAAAUAUAAUUCAUAUGAUAUAUUUCCCUAUGGUGGAUUAUUUUAUCAUGAUUUAAUUAUAAAGGAUGUUUUAAAGUUUUAUUUUAAAAAAGAACAAAAGGAAGAGAAUGUAAAAAAUAAAGAUUAUAUAUAUCUCGGUGCAGGAAUAAUGAAAGAACAACAAAAUAAAAAAAAUGAAGAUAAAAAUAAGAUGGUGUUUAUAUUUUUUAUUAAUGAAACAUUGUUAGAAAAUCUACAAAAAGAAAGUCAAUCAAAAACAAGUAAAAAUUUAAAAAAGAAAAGGAAAAAAAAAAAAGAUACAUAUUUAAAUAAUGAAAAUGUAUUAUCAAAUGAUAAUUCUAAUGAUUAUGAAUCUAAUAUUAAUAACGAAAAUUAUAAGAGUAAACAAGAAAGCACAGAUUUUUCAGUUAAGAACAAAGAUAAAAUUUCAUUAAUAACGAAUGAUAAAGAAAAAGUAAAUAAAAAAAAAAGGAAAAGGUUAAAAGAUAUAGAUGAUAUAUUAAACGAAAAAAAAAAAAAUAAAAAUGUUUUUAUAAGAACAAAAACAUCACUGUUUUAUGAAGAAAUAAAAAAUAAAGAGGGUGGUACAUGCACCGAUGUAAAUAGAAAUGUCAAACAAAUAAACUUUGAAACUUUUUAUAGAGAUUGGCAAAACAAUGACGAAAAUAAUACAAAUAAAAUUAAUGAUAUUAUAAAUUCUGAAAUAAAUAAUGAUAAAUCAACUACAAUUGAUUCAACUUAUGAAAAAAGUAAGUACGAUAAAAAUGAAAGUGAUGAUGACGAAAUAAGUUAUUAUGACAAUAAUGAAGACAAUGAUGAAGAUGAAGAUGAAGAUUAUGAUGAAGAUGGAAAUGAAAAAAAAAAAAAAAAAAAUGUAUAUAUUGAUAAAGAUAACAUAUUUUUAUUAAAUAUAUUACAUCAUCAAAAUAAUGUUUACUCAGUUAAAUGGAAAGAAAGUUCAUACGAAGGAUUUUCUAUCUUAGUUUCUUUAUGUUUUGAUGGAUAUAUGUAUAUAUGGAAAGAACACAUGAAUUGUCAAAAUAAAUUUACUUACAUUUCUAUAUGCAGAAUUUAUAUUCUAUUUUUUGAAAACAUAAUUAAUAACAUAAAAUGGUGCUGGGUAAAUAAAAAUGAGCAAAAUGAAAAUUAUAACUUUUUUUUAAAUAAUAAAAAUAUAAAUAUAUCAAAAAACGAAUAUUUGAUUGUAUAUGGAUCAAGAAAUGAAAUACAAGAAAAUAAAGAAUCAGACAAUUUUUUAUAUAAAAGAAAUAAAAUUAAAAAUUGCAUAUAUUUUGAUGAAUUUAACGACAAUUAUGAUUCAAAAGAAUACAUGGUAUUUUCUAUGUAUGCUAUUUUUAAUAUUUAUGAUAAUAAUAUACAUAUAAAAAAUAUUUUAAAUUAUGAAAAUGUACCAAUUAAUGUAAAUUUUGAUUAUAUUAUUGAGGCGAAAUUUGAAUAUGAUAUAAUGAACACUUCACUAAUAUCUAUCUAUACCGAUGAUACUUAUUUUCCAGAAAGUGAGUAUAAUAUAAAAUACGGAAAAUGGAAAGUAAAAAAAAUACAUGAACAUUCAAACUCUUUGUUUUCAAAUAAAAAUUAUUUUUAUAAUCGUUUUUUUAAUAUUAAUGAAACAUAUUUUUCUAAUAGUUCUCUUGAUUCUAGUCCAAAUGAUUCCCAUAUUUCUUAUAGUAAUGAAAAAAAAGAAAAAGAAAAAAAAAAAAAAGAAAAUGAUUUUUUAUUAUUUCAGAAAUUGUUAAAUGCUAUUAGUAAUUUAAUGCCUCCAUUUUCUAUCAAAAUUUCUACUUUUAAUUUUGAUUUUUAUAAAAUUUUAAUAAAACCAAGUGAUAUUUGGAUAAAAAAAAAAAAAAGUAUAAGCGUUAGAUAUUUAUUGGAUUACAAAAAUUACGAUCUUUCUAAAAAAUAUAAAAAGAAAUUUUCUUUUAAAAAAAAAAAAUAUGAAGAGCAUUAUUCUAUCGAUUUUAAUAUAUAUCAAAAUGUUUUUAUUUUAGUUAAUAAAUUAAAUAAUAAAAUGUACUUAUAUAAUUUUUAUAAUUCAUUAAAAAAAAAAAAAAGUCAUAUAUUAAAAAAUAGUGGUGAAUAUUCUAUCAAUAAUGAAAUUAGUAACAUUGUUAGCAAUAGUAAUAAUAUAAAUACUAAUUAUGAUGUUAAUAUAAAUAAUUAUGAAAAAACAUAUUCACCUAACGAAGAAAACUUUCGGGAAAAUCAAAAAUCAUUUAAGGAACAGAAGCAUCAAUUUAGAGUAUAUUCAAAUCAAAAUAAUGAUUUAAAUGGAUAUAAUAAAAAUAAUUCAUACGACUUCGAUGCUUCAACUACUGAAAAAAUUAAUGAUUUUAAAAAUAAUUCUAAUAAAGAAGAGAUGCAUUAUAGUAAAUUAGGAAAAUAUGAUGAUGAAAACAUUGAUCGUUUCAAAUAUCAAAAUGGUGAUUCACAUAAUUUACUCCCUAAUAAGAAUGAUUAUUCCAAAACAAGAAUAAACAACAAUAAAAUGAAAAAAAAAAAAAAUCAAUUUUCUCUUAUAUGUUGCAUAAAUAGUAUGUAUAUUGAUAAUCAUUAUAUUUUAAAACAUAAAGAAAUUAAUUUUUUAAAUAAAAAAACACAUUUUAUAUACAGUUAUGUGUAUAAAAUUUGUAAUUAUUAUGAGCAAAUAAAGAAAAAUAAAAAUAUUUUUAUAUCAACAAAUGAAUUAAUAGAAAAAAAGAGUAUCAUCCCCUUAGUUUAUAAAAGUCACAUGAUAGAAUCUUUUGAUUCUUUUUUUUUAUUAAUGUGUAUUGAUAAAAAUAGAGAAACUAUUUUUGUUUUGAAAUCAGAAAAAAUGAGCAUUGUUCACAAUAUGAAAAUGCUUUGUAUAUUCGAUGAAGAUUGUAAUAUAUCUGAUACAAAAGAAAAAAAAAAAUUAGAAACCAAAACUAAUAAUCAAAAAAUAACGUUAGAUAAUAAUAAAUAUAUAGAUAAAGUUAAAUCUGAUUUAACUCAAAUUGAAGGGAAUCAAUUCAAAAUAAUUGAUUAUAUGAUAAAAGAUUUUCAUUUAUGUUAUAAAAAUAAUGAACAGAACUUUUUACUAAUUAUUAAAUAUAUUUAUUUAGAUAAAGAAAAAAAAAAAAAAAGUGUCUAUUUGCUCGUGUUGUCAACAUUAGAAAUUUAUAAUCAAACAUUUAUAUACAUAAACUUAAAAUUAAAAAAUAUGUUUACUUUUUUUAAUCCAUUAAAAUCAGAAUUUCUAUUUUCUUAUUUUUAUUUAUCUUUUCAGGAUACAUUUCUUUUUGCAACAAAUCAUUUUUUGAAAACAAGUAACUAUAAAAAUACUGCUGAUUAUGAACUAAACAACCAAAAAAAUACUUGUAAUUAUGCAAACAAUGUAAAUGAAAACUAUCUAAAUAAUGAAAAUAAUGUACAUAAUAAUAACAGUAAUAAUUAUGAAAAUAAUGAGAAUAUAUUUUCUUUUAAAAAAAAGGAAAUAAAUAUUACAGAAAAUAAUAAUUUAGAUAAAGAAUAUAUUUUAGUUUUAAAUGAUAAUGAUUAUAAUAACGAUGAUAAAACUGAUUUAAAAAAUAACAUAGAAAUAGAUGAAAACCAAAAUAAUUAUUUAGAUAUAUAUUGCAAUAAUAGGAAAGAUGUGGACAAUAUGCAUUUAAAUAACAAUAAUUGGAAAAAAGAUUUUGUGAAUUUAUACUUUUUUUGUGCUAAUAAAGGAUCAGCCACUCGUUUUCUUCAAAUUAAAAAUAUUUAUGAACUUGUUAAUAUAAUUUUAUAUGAUAAUUACAUUUUACUAAUUACUAAUAAUAACUUACACAUUUUAAAUUUAAAUAUAAUACAUAAUAAUUUAUUAUAUAAAGAAGUAAGUUACAUUGACUCAUCUAAUGUUCAAAAAAAAAAAAUUUAUUUGAUAUCAUUAUUUUUUCCAAAUAUGUUAAGAAAUAAAAAGAAUGAAUUACUUGUGAGAUGUACAAAAAAAAAAAAUACAUAUUUUAUUGUAUUAAGUUUUCUAAUAAAUAAUAAGAAAAUUUAUAGUAAUAAUUUUAAUAAUAAGCAAAAAGAAAAAAAAAAAAAAAAUGAAAAUUAUUAUGCAUCAAUUAUUCUUUUUAACACUAAUCAUAAUGAAGAAAAAUGGAAUAUACUCAAAUAUGGAAAUAGCAUAUUUUUUUUUUCAAAACACAUUUUUUUAUUUGAAAACACUUUAUUAUUAUUAAAGAAAUUAAAUAAAAAUAAAAUAGAGUGUAAUAUAAAAGAAGAAACUAUUGUUAAAGAUUAUUACAAUAAUAACCAAAUAUCAUUUCAUAAAAUAAAUUUAUACAAGAAAUUUAAGAAAUACAAACAAGAAUAUGAAGAAAAAAAACAAAAAAAUAUGGUUUUUUAUCAUCCAAUUAUUUUAUUGAAUUAUAUAAAAAUCGGCUUAUUUUCCCAUGUAAAUUUAGCUCUCAGAUUACUACUAAACAUCUUAUUAUAUAAAUUUUUCAAAAAAAAAAAAAAAUAUGUUAUUAAAAAAAACUGCUCAUUAAAUAUUUUAUUAGAAAAGGAAAAAUCAGAAAACUACAAUUUUUAUAAUUAUAAUGAAAUAUCAUAUAUACAUGAAAAUCAAUUUUUAUUUGAUUUAAAUUUUAUUAAUACAGAAAUUUAUAAUCUAUUCAAAAAUAAAAGAAUCCCUUUCAAUGAAAACAAAAUUUCUAAAACAGAUAAAUCUUAUUCAGAAAAAGAAGAGAAUAAAGAAAACAAAGAUAAAUCAAUUUAUUUAUUCGAAAAUGAAAGCGUAUCAUUAGAUGAUUUUAACUUAAAUUCUGAAAGCGAUGAAUCUGAAGAAAAAAAAGAAAAAGAAAAAAAAAAAGACAAAAAUUCAUUACCAAGUGAAAAUACAAACAUUGAAUCGAAUGAUGAGAAUUAUUCUAAAGAUGAAGAUGAAGAUGAUUGUAAAAAGGAAAUAAAAGAGGAAAAAUUCAAAGAAUUCCUAAAAUAUUCCAGAGUAAUAAAUUUUGAGCUAAACGUAGAUGAAAUAAAAAUGCUUCAAAUACUAACAUUACAUGUUAAUAUUCCUUAUUUAAAUGAUUUUUAUCAAUUAGUUUUAUUUUGUAUACUAAACUCUUUUUAUAAUAAUUUUGAAAACGAUAAAAAUAUAGAAAGUGAUCAUGCUUCACAGAAAGAAAACUACACUAAUUGUCACUGUGAAUAUUUUAAUUUAGAUUUAGGAAAAGAAAUUACCAAAAAUGAAAACAUAUAUAUAUGUGAAUAUUUAAGUAAUAGUAAUGAAAAUAUUUUAAAUAAAAAUAAUUUAACGUGCAUAUUAAUUUUUUUCUUUCGUUUUUAUAUUAACUGCUUUUUCUUACUGAAUAUAAAAUUAGACAUACAUUAUCAGUAUACUUAUUUCUUUUAUUUUAUGAAUGAUACUAUAGCUUCGAAUAUAUAUAAUUAUUUAGAAAAAAUAAUUACAUAUUACAAUUAUUAUUUUCAUUUUCAAAUUAAUGAGAAGGAUUUGCUUAGUAUCAAUUUAUUUGAUAAUAGUUUAAAUAAUAAAAAUACUGAUGAAAAUAACAUCAGUACUCAAAAAAAGGAGAACUAUUACACCCAUUUAGUUAAAAAGAAAAAAUUACUUUUUGAAGAAAAAAAUAAUAAAAAGGAAAAAUUCAUAGAAUUAAAUAAUAUCCAAAUCAAUAGAUUAUAUAAUUCCGAAUUUCUACUGGAGGGAAUAUUGAAUUAUAAUUUUUUUAAUUUUUUUAAAAAUUGUAAACUUUUUUAUUUCCUUUCGAAUAAAGAAGAUAUAUUAUUUGUGUAUGAUAUAUUAAUUAAUAGAACAAUUAAAAAGAUAAAUAGUUUAAACAUAGAUGAUAAAGAAAAGCAAAAUGAAAUAAAUGAAUGUUUAGAUUUUUUAGCAUUGUUAUAUAUAGCUAAAAAUGAAAAACAAAAAUUAAUGCUAUUUUAUAAAAUCAAAAAGCAACAUAAAAUCUUUGAUUUUUUAACAAAUGAUUUUAAAACAGAAAGAUGGAUAAGAGCUCUAAUUAACAAUGCAUAUAAAUUAAUGCAAAUAAAGAGAUAUUACUUAGCUGUUGCCUUUUUUAUUUUAUCAAGAGAUAUAAAAGAUGCUGUUGAUGUUAUACACCAAUACUUAGAUGAUACUCAACUAAGUAUUUUUAUUAUUAGGCUCAUUUAUAUUUCAUAUGGAGUAGGUGAUGAAGAAAAUAAUAAAAUUAGUAACUUCAUUGAAAUAAGUAACAAAUUUAAUAUUAUAAACAGUUCUUCCUUUUCCGAUAAAGAAGGAUCACCUAUUUCAGAUAUGAAUAAUUGCAUUAAUAAUGAAAAUGAAAAAAAUGAUAACACAUUACCCAAUGUAAUUGUUGAAGAUAUGAAUAAUAAUAAGGAAGUAAUUAAUGAAAAUAUAAAAGAAAAAAACACUUACGAUGAAGUAAAUAAUAAUUUUCUUUUCAAAUAUUUAAAUUAUAUUUUUAAUGACAAAAUAAAUGUUAAUAAUAAUAUUUUUUUAAGUAUUAUCAAAUAUAUUUUAUUGAAAAACUAUGAAGAAGCUUAUUCUAUAUGUGAAAAUGAAGAAUUAAAAUGUUUUUUCUUCUUAAUAUUGAAAAAUACUAUUAAAGAUAAAAUGAUAAAUGAAUUAAAUAAAAAUGAUAAUGUAACAAAAUACAACAUUUUAGAGAAUAAUGUCAAUUUUAAUAAUUAUGGCAUGAUGAACAAAUUUGAAUCUUAUUUUUGUUCUUUUUAUUAUUUUAAUAAAAAAAUAUAUAAUUUAUUUUUCAUUUUUUAUUUUAUUUUCUUCCACAAUAUUAAAUUUAAUAAAUUAAUAGAAUUAUAUGAGAAAUAUAAAUGUUUUUUUAUAUUAGCUUUUGAAAUGUAUUUAGAGAAGUUUCUUUUUUAUAAUAAGUAUUUAUUCUAUCUAAUUUCUUCACAUUCCUUUGCAAAUAAAAAAAAUAUUAAAACGAAAAAUAAUCCAUAUAUAUUACCUAAAGACUCCAACAAGAAAGAAAAUAAUUCUAUUAAUUCUAUAUAUUCAUUAAAUUUAUUCUCAAAUAUAAUAAAUAUUUUGUUUUUUCUCAUCAAUGAUAAUGACGAUUCAAAAAUUAAUGAUUUCUUGGAAAAAAAUUUCAUAAAUAGAAAUGAAGAAGAAAUAAAAUUAGAAAACAUCAUUUUUAAUUAUAAUAAGAAAACAAGCUUUAGUAACAGUUGUAAUGGUAAUAAAGACACAUUUUAUCAUAAUGACGAAACGUUGUGCUAUAAUAACAAUUUAAAUAUAAAUUUAGAUAAAUAUAAUAUGAUUUCCUUAAUAAAUAAGUUAAAAGAUUUGAAAAUAAUUGAAUGUUUUGGAAAACAACUCAAUUUAAGUAAUUUUUUAAUUUCUUUAUUAAGUAAAAUAGAUUUUUUAGAUAAUCAGAAACAUAAAUUAAUUAGUAAAAAUAGCAUCACCUUUGAAAUUAUAUAUGAUAUAAUAAAUGAAAAUGAAUUCAAGAUGCUUACUCCUUUUAAUUCAUAUUAUAUAUCAUUAAAUAAGUACAAUAGAAUAUUAACACAUUUGUUUUUUAAUUUUUUUUCCUUAUAUAUUAUCGAGGAAAAAAAGAAUAAUGUAAUGUUAUUCUUAAUUAAUUAUAUUAUAUCAAUUCUUUUUAUAUAUAUAAAUGAUGUAGUACAUAUACUAUUUAAUUUUCUGAGAAAUAAAAAAAAUAAAUCAUUAACACUAUUACAUAUUCCUUUAAUUCAAAUUAUUUUUCUUCGUAUAAGCCUAAGUAAUUAUUUUAUAUAUGAAAAAAAUACGAAAACAAAUAAAUAUAACAAAAAAAAAAAUGAAAAAAAACGAGAAGAAGAAAAAGAAAAGAUAAAUUGUGAAAAUGAAAAUGAAUUUGAAAAUUAUAUUAACAAAAAAAUCAAACAUCAUAAUUUAAUGGAAGAAUAUUCUGAUAUUUAUAAAAUGCAUAUAAAAAUAAAUUACAAAUACUUUUGCUAUUAUAUUCAUCUAAUUGAUUUAUUCUUAUGUUAUUUAUGUGUUUUUAUUUUGUGCUUUAUCAUUCUAAAAAAGUAUUAUAAUUUCUUCAUUUAUAACGAUGUAUACAUAAAUAGUACAAAUACAAUGAGAAAUAAUAGCAAAAAGAAUAAUAAAAAAAAAAGUUUAAAAAAAUUAUUUUAUAUUCUAUAUAUUUUUUUAAAAAAAAUUAAAAAACUAAAUUGGAAUGUGGAAAACAUUUAUAAAAAAAAUAACACUAUAGUUAAUUUAUUUAAUAAAUUCAUUAAGUGCUGCUACAUAAAUAAAACAUUUAAAAUGGAUGAGAUGAAGAAAAAUAAAAAAAAUGAAUGUAAUAAAGUAUAUACGAAUCAGGAACAUAAUAGAAGUUAUAAAAAUAAUAUUGCUUCUGAUGAAGAAGAUAUAAAACGUUUAAAUGAGUUAAAACAGGUAGAGAAUAUUCCGAAAAAUAAUAAUGCAAAUCCUCAGAUAAAUAUCAAAUCGUGUGAAUAUUUAAAAAAAAAAAAAAUGUCAUCAUCCGAUUUUCUAUUUGAAAAAUAUUGUAUUAUCAACAUCUUUUUAUCAAUAUUUGAAUUAGUAAUUAAUAAUUUCCAAAUAUUUGCUUAUAAAUCAAAUAUAUUUUUUCCAAAGUUAAAUAUAAAUAAUACAUAUAAAAGAGAAAAGGAAUAUGUUGGUGAAUCACACACACAAUUAUAUUUAAAAGAAAUUUAUAAAAAGGAAUAUAAGAAAAAAUCUAAUAAUAUAAAUAAAAAUACUUAUAUAUUUUAUUAUAAGACAUAUGUAUUAUUACUUUGUAUUGAUAACUUAUCUAUUUAUAUAAGUAAGUUUAUUUUUUCAAAAUUAAAAAUAUUAUUAUAUAAUUCUGCUUAUAGUGUAAAAAAUACCUUAUUAACAUUUUUGUCUUUUCCUUUUUUUUUUAAUAAAAUGAUAAAAAAAAAAAAUAAUUUUGUAUGCGAGCAUUUUAUUGAUUCUCAUAUUUCAUAUUUUUAUAAUAAACAUUUAUAUCUAAUUUGGAAACUUAAUAACUGUACAUAUAGAUCGUUUUUAUUAUUUUUUAACAAGAAUUUUUAUAAUUAUAAUGAUUAUAUGAAUGACCAUAUUGAUAGCAACAACAGAUUAGAUAAUUAUAUAACUAACAAUGUCAGUAAUUUUGAAAAGGAGAAUAAAAUGGAAGAAGAAAAAAUAAGUCAAUAUAAUGGAGAAAAUGAAAUAAAACAACAAGCAUCUAAAGAAAAAAACAAUUCAAUUGAAAAAAUUAAGAGUGAAAAUAAAAUGAAUAGCAAUAAUGAUAAUAACAAUAUAACGAACUUCAAGUAUAAUCAUAAGAAUGAAUACAAAAAAUAUUAUGACUUAUAUAAUAGUGGAUGUAGAAUAUAUGAAAAUGAAUAUAUUCUUAUACCUAAUACAAAUAUAGAAAAAAAUAAUAUAGCUUGUAAUCAUUCUAACUUUAUUUUUAGGAGUUCGAAAAGUCAUGAAAAGUUUACUUCUUUUACUUCAAAGAUUAAUUUCUUAAAAAAAUUUAAAAAAAAUAUGAAUGAAAAAAAUAAGAACGAGGAUAAAAAUGAUUAUAGUACCAUUAAUUAUUCAAGAAAUAAUAUAAAAAAUCUCAAAAAAAAAAAAAAUUCUAAUUUAUAUGAAAAUUCCUAUAAUACUUGUAAUGAAAAAUGUUAUAACUCUUAUUAUUCCUUAAGUUACAAUAACCUUUUUAAUAAUAAAGAAAAAUUAGGAGAAGAUUUUAUAUUGGAUGAAAAAAAUAUUACAAAUAAGUAUGAUUUAAAUACUAAUUUAAUGAAAUAUAAAAAUACUAUACAAAAUACGAAUGAAAACAACAACAAUAACCAUUCCUUACUUCUUAACAAUAUUGAGCACAUGAAAGAAAAUAGUAAUAAUAAUAAGAAGAAUAAUAGUUACUCAUAUAUUAAUAAUGAAAAUAUAAAUGAAAUUAAUAAGAAUGAUAUUCAAACAUUAUGUAAAAUUACUAGAAAUAAUAAAAAUAGUAAUAAAAAUAAUAAAAAAUUACCUUACGUUAUUCCACUAUCAUUGUUAUUUUAUGAUUUUAAUGAAAGACAUUCAAUUCAAAAAGAAAAAAUAGAUAAUUCUAAUAACACUAUUUUAUAUAUACAUAGAAAGGAUAAAAUAAAAAAGAUAUGUAUUUUGGAACAUUUAAAAAAAUUAAAUAAAAAAUGUAAGUUUAUUAAUUAUAUAUCAUACAACUUAAAAUGUGAAUAUAUUGAUAUAAAUAAUGAAGAACAAUUUGAGAAAAAAAAAAAAAAUUACUUAAAUAAAAAUAAAGACUAUAAAAAUAUUUCUAAUAAUAUGAAUGAUAAAUAUAACAAUGGUGAUAAUAUCUCUUUAUUACAAAAAAAUAAAUUAUACUAUGAAGAAGAAAAAAAAUUUGAAAUAAAUGAUAAUAAUAACAUGUCAAACGACUUAUCCUAUAAUAUUGAAUUUAAUAAAGCCAUAAUUGAUAAUGAUUCAUCAUCAAUAUGUUUAGAAAAAGAAAAUAGAAUAAUAAGAAAAAAAGAAAAUAAUAAAAAUCAAAAAAUAUUAUUAGAUAUUAAUAUGAAUAAAUUAGUAUACAUUUAUAAAUGUAUGCAUAUACAAUGUAUGCAUAAUUUAACUCCUCUGUGUUCCUUUUUAAGUAAUUUUAUACCAAAUGAUUUUAGUAUAACAAAUUUUUUUAAUAAUAAAUAUAAUAAUUAUUUUGUUAACAAUAUUUUUUUUCAUAAUUUUUUUUACACUUAUGAUAAUACAUUGACACUCUUAUUAAAUUCUAAUGAUAUGAAUUCCUUAUAUUAUGAUAAUAACAAUAAUAAUAAUAAUCUUAAAAGUAUCUACUCAGAUUUAAAUUAUAGUGAAAAAAAAAAAAAUAAAAAUACUAUUCUUCACAAUAAUAAUAUAUAUUAUAAGAACAAAGAAAAAGGUAACAUAAUUAAUGAAAGAAAACACAUUUUAAAUUUUAGAAUAAGAAACGUAAAAAAUGAUAGUAAUUGCAACAAUAAUAAGAAAAUAAGAGAAGAUAAUAAAAAAAAUAUAUUAGAAAAUGACAAUAAACAAAAAAAAAAGGGAAAUCUGAAAUUUUAUGAUAAAUAUAAUAAGCCAAAUGAAGAAUUAAAAAAUACUUUAAUUAUAUCUAAAUCAGCAGAGAAAUACAUUGAAUUGAUUUUAUUAUUAUUAUACAACAACAUAAGUCUAAAUGAUAAAGAUAAAAUAAAUGUAAAAGAUGAAAAAAGUGAAUUUAAAUAUCUAUUUGAUUAUUUAGAUAAAAAUGUAAAUAAAUGCAUAAGAAAGAAAUAUACUUUUAUAAAUAGAUUAGCUAAUAACAAAAAUAACUUCUCCUUUUUAAAAACGGGGGCUAUUAUAUCUCAUCCUUUUUUGCCAUUUUUUGCACUAAUACAUAUAAAUAAUGGAAAAAAUAUAAAUAAUGAAGUAGAUAAAACAAAAUUUCAAAUAAGGUUAUGUAAAUUUACAAAUAAUCAUGAUGAUAUUUCAUAUAAAUAUGGUUAUAUUACUAGUGUUAUGUGGAAUAACGAAGGAAAUUUGUUAAUGAUUUCAGAUAACUGUGGUUAUUUAUAUAUUUAUAACAUUUUUUUGGGAAAUUUUAUAAGCAAUAAAAUUAAAAAUAACAGCAAUAAUGUGAAUUCUAAUAUGAACUCUCUUUUUUCAACUGAUAUAAAAAAUAAAGAAAUAAUGAAAAAAAAUGUAUAUUAUGAUAAAGUAAAAUAUAAAAAAGAAAAAGAAGGCAAAGAAGACAAAGAAGAUAAUGAAGAAAAUGAAUAUGAUAAGGAAGAAGAUGAUAAUGGAUAUAACGAAGAAAGUGAAGAUGAAUAUGAAAAUGAUGAAUUAAGUGAAGGGGAAAGCGAAGAAAGUGAAGAAAGUGAAGAAAGUAAAAAAAGUGAAGAAAGUAAUAAAUGUAAAAUAAAAGAAAAAAAUAAAAUCAGAAAUUUUUUUAAAGAUAAUUUCUUAAAAAAUAAAAGAAAAUAUAUCGAAGAGAAAAAAACAAAAAAAAAAAAAAAAGAUAACAAAAAAAGCUAUAUAAUAAAGGAAGCUCUAUGUGUUAUUAAAUUACACGAUGAAAUUAUUGAUAUAAAAUCUUUAAAUGACAAUAAUUUUUAUUUAGUAAGUAUUGGAAAAGGAAUUAAUAGAAAAUCAAUUAGUAACCAUACAACUUUUAUUAAUUCUGAUUAUUUAGAAAAUAAAGAAGAUUUCAAUAAAACAAAAUUAUCAACUAAGAACUCAAUUCUUUAUAAUGAAAAUCAAAACAGUUCAACCUUGGUAGAAGAAAAAAAAAUGAACCAUUUAGAAUUUAGAAACAGUACUCUAUUUUCUAAUAAAACUGAAUUAGAAUAUCAAAAGAAUCAAGACGAAACAAGUAAAAAUAUUAUAAAAGAUUCCUUGGAGUUUCAAAAAAACUCUGAUCAUAAUAGUAUAAAAAAGCCAAAUGAAAAAUGCGAAAAAAAUAACUCCAAUAGUAAAGAUAUAAAAACAAAUUCUAAAAAUAUUGACACAUUUUUAAAUCUUCAUGUAUUUAAAACAAAAAAAUCUUAUUUUAAGUCCAAGUUUUUUUAUUUUGAUCCAUCUAAUAUUAAUUUUUUUAGAAAAAACAAAAAACAACAAAGUGCUACUUCAGAUAAUAUUUGUAUAUGCAUAUGGGAUAUAUGCUCCAUUUUAACAAAUGAAGAAAAAAAAUAUUUAAAAAAUAAAUACUAUAUAGUGAGUAAGGGAUAUAAAAAUGAUAAUAAAAAAGUAAAAAAUUUAGUACUGCAUCCAACAUUAGUGUGUAUAAUUAGCAACUUAUCAACAAAUAAAAUCUAUUUAAAUAAAAAUAAAAAUUUUGAAAAUAAUAAUUUUAUCACAAGUUUUUGUACAUGGUCAUCAAAUCAAUUAUACAAACAUGUGAGCCCUUUUGAAGAUACCGAAAAAAAAAAAUUAAAAAAAAAUACCAACAACAUAUCAGAAGUAACAAAAAGGAAAAAUAAUUUUUGGAAUUUUUUUAAAAAUAAAAUUUAUUCAAAUAACUUUUCUCAAGAUGCAUAUAUUUUUUAUGGAGAUCAGUUUGGUUAUGUUCAUAUUGUUCAUCUUCAAAUUUAUAAAGAAAUUUUAUGUUUUAAAGCUUUUGAUCUACCAAUAUUUAAAAUUUUCAUAUGCAAAAAUUUGUGUAAUAAACUACUUAUUUUAGCAGAAGGAAAAUUACGAAUAUAUAAAAUAAAGUCAAUACUGGAAAUAUCAUUUAUAAAAGAAAUUGAAAUUAUACACGAUAUAACUCCGAAAAAAUGUAUUUGUGAAGAAAAAAUAAAUGAACUAAAAGAAAAGAAAAAAAAGGAAGAAAAUGAAAAUGAUGAAGGUAUUUCUAUUUUUAAUUUAUCAUACUUUUUAUCUUCUAAUUAUAAUAAAAAACAAAGUAAUACAAGAAGCGAGGAUAAAAUAAAUCCAUCAAUAAAUGAUUCAUAUAACAAAAUUACAUUUGAAGAUAACAAAAAUUUAUUUAAUGAUUCACCUAAUAAUUUGAAUGUUAUCAAUUUCAAAAAUAAUCUGGCAACAUCACAUAAGAAUUACAAGAAAAAAGAAAAAGGAGAAAAUUCUUCUUCAAAAGAUAAUGUAUUUAAAAAAGAGGAUAGUAAUUCAUCAUUCAAUUCUUUAACUCAAUUAAAAACAUUGAGCGAUAGUGAAGAAAUUGAUAUAAAUAGUGAUAGAGAUAAUUAUCAAAGUGUAAUUAUUGGAGGUAUCAAUUUUGGUUAUCUAGGUUUUAAUUUUUCUAAAUUCAUGAAUAAUAAAAAAAAAACAACAAUAAUAGAUGCAUAUUUGUUAUCAAAUUCUCAUUUAGUAACAAUAUCAAAUAAUGGAACAAUAGUUUUAACAAAAGUCUGA